GAGACGAGCCAACUCGAAAAGAGGAGCCUCAAGGCAAAAAACAAAGAGAUGUCUGCCUUUGUGUAGUAGCGGAGCUGUUCUUCUCGCUGAAGCGCCGAGAAAGCCACCCGAUCCGUCGAUUCGCGCGGCCAGGAGAACGCGCGAGCGUCGGAGAGACAGCGGGUGUUGUGGAGGGUACCAGCAGUUUAGCAGAAGCGAGGGCGUAAGAAAGAGUGAGAAAGAACAUGGAAAAGCGUCCUCCCUGGAAAGAGACAAGAGUCUUGUGAGAGAGGAAUGUCAGGAGAGGGAGAUGCAAAGAGAAGGACGAAGCGCGUCCUCGAUUCCUUUCUGUUUCCUCAGACCCGGGACCGGCGCACUGAAGAAGACGCAGCAACCGGAGGUCAGAGAGACGGCGACUGAGAAUUUCGUGGAAACCUCGCAGAUAUGGAGAUACGAGAUGAAAAGAGAGAACUCAGAGUGUCUCGAGACUCCCUGCGCUGACCACCGUCUCUUUGAAGGUUGAGGAAUUACCAUAGACUCGAAAAACUCCCGCUCGACGCCAGGGGGGUCAGGCUGUCUUCUCACUCUCGCGACUUUUAUUUUGUGCGUGUGUGUGUCUCCCUCUCGGUUUUUAUCGGCUCUCUUCUCGCGUAGCUCUUUCUCGCUCGCAAAACUUUCUUCUCUAUCUCCAGGGUAUCAUCGUGGCACCCCUUUGGUCUUUUGCUCCCUUCUCCGUAACCACCGAUCUUCGCUCUUUCCUCCGUCGUCUCUCUCUUCACUGCCUUUCCUCUCUUUUCACUGCCUUUCCUCUCUUUUCACUGCCUCGCCUUCGUCUUCUCCACUUUUCCUUUGCCGCGUCUUUCUUUUGAGUCCCUUUUUGUUUCUUCCGUCGCGAUGGCUGUGCGCCGAAGGCCUUCGUCGGCGAGGAAGAGCGACUCGUCUCGGAACCGAGAGGACCGUUUCGAGCGGGAAGAGUCUCCAGAGUCCCCCGCCAGUCCUCGUCGUUCCGCGUCCGGGCGCUCCUCGUCCACUGCGAAGGAGAGAGGGCAGCCGAGCUCACGGCGCGAAACGAAAGCGGAAGAAAAAGCGGCGAAGACAACUGAGAAAGAAGGACGCGCCGCCCGCGCCUCACCGCGCCUCCCGAGCGCGCGGUCGGCUUCUCGACGCGGUGUACAUACAGUCGACGGCGGCCGGCGUCAGUCCUCGCGGGGCUCCGUCUCCGGGGACUCGCCGAAGUCGCGGAGACGGCCGCUGCAGUCGUCUUCCGACGAGAACUACGAGGACAGCGCGGAGUCCGAAAAAGAGGAAGAGAAUUCGGAAGACGAGACGGGAGAGACGAAGCGAGGCCGAGCGAAAAAGAAGGCAACAAGUGAGGAGUCUCGCUCUCGCCGUCGCAUCCAGGCCGUCUCCACUGGUGAAAACGAAUCUUCGCUCCUUCCUCCCUCCAGAGACCGAUUUCCUCCUCCCUAUCCACCUCUCUCCUUAGCCUCGUGCGACGACGAGGAGAAACACAAGCCUUCUUUCCUUUCUUCUUCCUCUUCUUCAGGGCGCGGCGCGAGUCGGACGAAGGGAAGAUCUGAAGACAAGCGAACGGUGCAGGCGCCUGUGUCUAGGACCUCGCGUUCGCCUGCGGCUUCGAGGAAGUCGAAAGAGAGCGUCUGUGGCUCGGCUACGAAUGCUGCGAAGAGCGCCUCUCGACAAGUGACCAGCGCAGCGUCUUCGUCGUUUUCAGAGGCUCCGUCGUCUCGCGUCUCCUCCGCUCUGCCCAUGUUGCCCUCCUCGUCCUCUUCCUCCCUGGCGUCGUUCGCGCCCCCGCAACGCCAAGAUUGCCUCCUGCCCUCCUGGGUAAGACAUUUCCUCACCGUCUACUCGCGCUUUGCCUCCCGCGAGCUUUCUCUCUCUGCUGCGCUCGCGAGCGUCCGAGGAGUUCUCCGCGAAGCGGCUGACGUCGCUCUCGCCCGCGAAUCUGGCGAAGAGACAGAACGCAACAGUGAGAAAGAAAACGGAGAAAACAGAAGCGCCGAAAGCGGAGGCCGCGGAGGAGAGAACGGAGAGAGAAAGGGGGGAAAGGGGAAGGGAGGAGAAGGGAUCGAGACACUCGAGAGGGAAGGGAGUUUGUGGCGAGAGGAAAUGGGAGUGACAGCCGAGAGACUUCUCGAGGUCGUUUUCCGACAGUCUGUGCAUCUCUGUCUCACGCUGCCGAAAUUGCCCGAGCGAGAGGGCGGCAGACUCUGCGCCUUCUUCUACCGGACUCUCGCAAAGCUCGACGAACUCAUCGCCGAAUCGAGGAAAAACAGGUCCACGCGCGGAAGCGAGACGUCGCGAAACAUGGCACCCAAGAGAAACGAGACCCGAGAGGAAAACGCAACAGAAGAAGCAGAAGAAGCAGAUGGUCUGCGUGGACAAGGAAGGACUGGAGAAACAGGCUUGGAGGACGCUGACAUGAGCGAAGAGAGGACAGCCGGCGAGGACGUCGAGAAGAAAGCACGAGAUGCCGACAACGGAUUGCUGAGAUAUAGAUAUGUCGAGGCUCUAUGGUGCCGCCUUCUGCCGCAGCUGCUCUGUCGCUCGCGGGCGGCGCGCGUCGGCGUCUGCUGCUUUCUUCUUCAACUUGUCGGCUGGGGCUGCGGCAUGGGCAUCGAAGUCGCCGAAAGCAUUCAGCAGACACAUCGCGAAAUUCUUCUGCAACUGCUCGGAAAAAGCAAAGAAGCCGCUGUCCGACGCAUGGCCCUUCUUCUCCUUGAACACUUUCAAACGCCUUCUCCGGCCUGUAUGGUGUGGCGCGCGUUCAUGGGCCAUUUGACUGACGAGGCUCCUGCGGUUCGCCGCGCUGCUGUUUGCCGCAUUCUUCUUCUUCCUCUUCCCUCCCGCUCUUCACCUGAAUCGACGCAUGCACCCGAGACUCUCGAGUUCGCAGCCGCCGUCUCUCAGCUCCUCACUCGCCGCGCUUCGGAUGCUUCGGCAGACGUCCGAGCGGCCGUCUAUCGCAGACUCGCUCACAACGACGCGUCGUUGUCCGUGGAACAGAAGAGUUCUCUCAUUCUGAUCGGUCUGAAUGACAAGGCGAAGGGCGUCCGGGAGGCCUGCAGCCGCAUGCUCCGGCGCUGGGUGCAGGGACGUCAGUCUGCGUCGGCGGAACCAGUCGACCGGGCGGGAGAGGCGAGUGACUGCGCGGCUUCUCCGGAAGAGCAGGGAGGCGGAGGAGGACCGGCGCAGGUCUCCGCGGACCAAGAGCUUGGACAGGCGACCAGUCGAGGAGACGGCGGCUUCCAGCCUGCCGGCGAGGGAGGCGAUUUGCAGGCUGUGCAUGCGUGGGCGGGGAGAACGAAGCGCGAGGAAGACGCGCGCGAGGCGAACUUGGAAGGACGCGGCACAGACGAAGAAAGCGAAGCGGCGGCCUUCACAGCCUUCUGCGACUCUCCGCUGCAUCGCCUCGUCGACGAACUCAUGAAAAACAUGCCUUUCAACGAAGCUGCGAUCGAGGUUCUUGUCAAAGACGUCUUCCUUCGGUCGCCUCAAGAUGCCCGCCUCGACCUUCUGCGAAAAAUUCAGAAAAAGGGGAAAAACCUAUCCAAACUCACUGCUGCCGGACUGCUCAUCCUCAGACUGUACAUGCAGACUCUCGCUUCCCCAGAAGACAGAGCGAACUUGGAUGUUCCGGACCUUCACCAGCUCCUCCUGCAGCUGCUUGCUGCAUGCAAACACCGCGAAGAAGAACAGAAGAAAGAAGCAAUCGCGCAGGCGAAAAGUCUGGACUGUACAGACACUGCAGCCUCUACGCAGAUCGAGGCGCUGCUGCAAGGCACCGAGGAGAACCUGCUGACUCUCAACGUCUGUCUGCGUCAGCUGCUGCUCCUUGCAUGUUUCGUGGACAUCGCCGAGCAACAACAGGCGCGGCUUCUCGACGAAGCAUGCGAAAAAAUCCUCCUGAAGGUUCCCCUGAUCGACUGCGCGCGCCUCCUAACCUCCAAUAUCGACCCUCUGGAGACGCGAGUCACGCCACUCUCUCCGGCCUUCGGCGGAGAUUCUGGAUCUAUGCAAGCUUCGGCGUUUCUGACGCCGUCCAUUGGACAUGCUCUCUGGCCCGGCUACUGGGUGCGCUGCUCGGCGCUGGGCGCCUGCGUUCAGCUGCUGCGGCGCCUGCAGCGCGUCCUGCUCGCCGGCGGGGGAGCGGAGGCGAGUCUUCUGGAGGUGGAGGCCUCCGCCGGAGACGUGGACGGGAGGGAAGCUCACGGGAGAAACCAACUGGUUCGCAUGCAGCAGUACGAAAACGCCUUCUCGGAGAGAAUCUGCACCCUCAUCGCCGAGAUUCGAGAACCUCUCGAUGUGUCUUGCGAGGACGCGAGCGUGGUGACAACCGUCUGGCAAGAUACGGAAGAAGUCGAUCCGCUGAGUGUACCCGUACGGGCCUACGCGAUGCUUCCUCUGCAGCAGCAGCACUCUGCUCUGCUCGACGAAUUGGCGGGGCUCCAGCAGAAGUCCCGAGGCCUCUUCGAAGUCGCAGGUUCCUUCCGAGAUUCUUCAGGCCGAAACAGCGCGGCCAGAGGACCGGGUGGAAAGAAGACGAGAGACGGCGAGGAAGGCGGCGAGCAGAUGGCGCAGGCCGUUCAGCAACAAAUCACUCGGACGCAGAAACAGUUCCAGAGGACUGCUGAACUCGCCCUGGUGCUCAACAACGAACUGCAUGCACGUUGGUUUCGUGUGUCUUGCAUUCUGGACGCGUUCUUCGCUCGCUCGUCAAGCAACGGGAGCGUCGACCCUGCGCUCUCGGACAUCCCGUCGUCGAUUCUUCUGCCUGCCCUCGAGUUCUAUUGCAAUGAGGCCGACGCCUUCGCCUUCUGCGUCUCCUCCUGCUGCUGCAAGGCAUGCUGCGCAGCCUCUGCCGCGCCUGCCUCUCUCAGCGGAGACACGCAGUCCGGAGAAGCAGACCGUAGACGCCCAGCCGGAGACGAGGAGAAUCCUGAAGAAAAGAGCAUGCAGUGCUGGCGAGACAGAGACCAAAGACUGCAGGAAGUCGCGCUCGGAAUCCGCAGCAGGGCGCCGCUCCACAGCGACCUCUGCGAAGUGCUGGUGACCAAGUCUCUCGGGUGCUUCUGCUUGCUGAGCACAAGACAGCAAGAAGUAGCGAAGCAGCUGAAGGCCUAUCACGUAUCGCUGUUGGCCUCGCUCGGCGAACUCCAGUCGACUUCGCUGUAUCUCCAGCAGAGGCUAAGUCACCAGCAAACGCUUGUGGUGGCUGCGCGCGAGGCAGACGAGUGCAUGGCAAGGCGCGAGCGUCGUUUCUUGCUGCUGCUGCGAGAGGACGAGGAGGCGCAGCGAGGAGAGGACGCAGCGCGAGAGAGGCAAGCGGUGAAGCCGGCGAAGCAACGGGGGAAGAGCCGCGAAGAGCGCGAGCGGGAACUGGCAGACGCCCGGCAGGCGGUCGACGAGGCGAGCCGGACAAGCGAGCAAGUGGCUGACGAGUGUCGGAAAGUCGCCGCGCAAAUUCAAGAGGCUGAGAGCGCCUUCACCUCUCACAUGUUGCGCUGCGAGCUGUACGUCUGCUUCCUGGGAGACCUGCUUCUCUCGCACCCAGUUCUGCUUCAGAGCGAGGCGAGCAAGCAGGCUGUCCUUCUGCCUGCUGCGGAGGAGACCAGCGCGACUUGUUCACUCCUGGAUCUCCUGUGGCACAUCGCGACGGGUGAGGAGGCGUCGACGAAGCAGCUGCAGAGCAUGGCGCUCGCGGUCUUGCUGAAACUCCUCGUUCUUCCCCUGGCGGAGGACAGCGAGGAGAGGGAGCAGGCCGCAGGCAGCCCGAAGCCGGAGGAAACGAAGGAACCUCGACAGGGAACAGAUGCGACGCUGACGCAGCUCCAGCGCGUCGUCGCCGACCGACUGCGCGUCCUCUUGGAGGUGGUGUAUCUACAGCCGACGCUGGAGAGUGGCUCCCGAGAAGUGAUGAAUUACGUGCAUUCGGCGUCGGUCUGGGGGUACUCCGCGGACACUAAGUUCCUCUGCUUUACGAUUCUCCAGUGUUUCGCCUCGCCGUUGCUUCCCCCGGGCGCUGCUCGCACUGCCUUCGGAGCCUUUUUCGGCGCGUGCCGCCACCUCGCGACUCACGGCCUUCGGGGGGUUCUGUCUCUCCACUUCACACUCCACCAAGAGAACGAGAAACGCGACAAGUCUCUCUCUUCUUCUUCUUCCUCUUCUUCAUCGUCUCCAUUCGCUGCGUUGGCUGUUGCUGACGACGAAGCGUUGGAAGCAUUUGUCGAGGACCAGGUGAAGAGCUGCGCGGCUGUCGGGUGGCCGGAGACUCACGCCUUGCCGCCGCUGCUGAAGAUGACGAGAGACUUGAAGAAACUGCUUCUCUUUGCGUUUCGCGGCGUUCGCAGCAUGUGUGUGGCUUUCGCUCUCGCCAGCUUGUCGCGGGCAGAGAAGGCGCGCAGAGCCGGGGGCGAGAAGAAAGCAGCCGCCGAGCUGCGUCUCGAGGGCAACGAAAACGCGUUUGCGAACGCGAAGGCGCCGGAGGGGUCCCGAGGCGACGAACGCGACGAAGGAAGUCCUUCAGAAGAGAAGGAAACGAGAGGCGAGAGAGAAGAGAGAGAAGAGAAGAACGCAGCGAAGGAGUACGUGACGAGAUACCUGGAACUCUUAAUUGUUUUCCUCCUCGUCGCGGACGAGUACGUUCGUCCUCUUCUUCUUCUUCAGUCGAACUUGAGAUUCUUCGACCUUGUCGCCUUGGCUGUUUCUGGAUGGGUUGUCGGCUCCGAGACAGCAGAACGUCCCCAGGGAGACAGACAGCCGGAAGAGAAGGAAAAAGGAGAAAAGAACGCCCUCCGAUCUCUCGUCGACAUCCACGUCGCCUGCGACGCCCAAGGGUGCCUCACGCUACUCCUCGUCGUCCACCAUUUGCUGCGCGCCCUCGUUGAGACUGUCCGGGCAUCGGCCCCGGUGUGUGGCCAGCCGAGCGCGGUGGCUGCCCGUCGAUUGGCUGUGAAGGUGCUUUCUGAGGCACUGAAGAAGUUGAAGUCGACUUUGGUUUCUGUCGUGUCUCGGCAUGGAGACGGCGAACUCUCUGCGUUUCUCAGAGACCCUCAGGAGGAAGAAUACCCCGACGCAGAAGCGCAGAAAGACGCAAGAGACAUCCAGAAAACUGUCGACUACCUUCUCCAGAGGAAGAGCUGCGCUGAGCUUGCGCAGCGAAUGAGGGAGAGUCACCGCUACACCGUGCAGGAGCAAAUCGCGGCGGAGAAUGCGGUGUUCGCCUCGCCGUUUCUGACCUUCCCGUUCGCGUCCGUGGACGCCCAGCAGACGGCGCUGAACUUCCAGGAGGCGUUGCAGCAGCGACAGGACCGGGUGGAAGAGCGCGCGAGGCGGCUGGCGGAAGGAGACGCAUGCGAGAGCUCUGAAGAAGACAUCGACUGCCCUCCACUGCGAAGAAGGACGGCGCCUCGCAAGUGCAAGCAAGAGCCUCUGAGGUCGCAAGGCUCCAUGCGUCCUGGAGAACGGAUGCACGAGGACAGCGAGUUUGAGUCUUGCGAGUCGAGUGAGGAAGAAGGCGACGAGGACCACGAGGCCAGCAAUUCGGACGACGACGCCGGAAGGGGGCAAACGGCCUCCAGAGUCCGCUCCAAAGAUCUCGCAAAGUCGCAAGCCGAAGGCGAAGAACAGCGACUUGUUGCUCGGCCCGUGAAGCCGGAGAGGCUACCUGGAAGUUUGCCUGGAGCGUCUCGCGCGAGAUGAGCAGAUGGCGAACGCUUUCGCGGUGCCCUCUAAGACAAUCGCCAGAUGUCUUGUCGAGGAAAAACGCAAAGGUCGAAGAGAUUCAAACGACAGAAAGAAGACGCGACGCCAUGACAAGACGAACACCCUUUAGAGGAAACGGAACCGAGUCGAACAUCGAGAAAAAAACAAGAGCGGCGUCUGCGGUGCUCGGCUCACAGCAACCGCGGAGACGCUCCUAAAGAGAUUUCUUGUCGCUGGGCAUGCCGACAUCCCUGCUCUGCAUUUGAUGAGCAUGUGCUUGCUGUCUGCAUUCCAAUGCACAAAGAGUUGUUGAGGUGGAUGGCCCGCCCAAAGGCAGCUGCAUGCGUUCUCUUCGGCAGCGCGUGCAUGCAGACGUACACAUGAGUUUGUGUGUUUUGUAUUUUUAAAAUGCAUGUGUGUGUCUUUGCUCACGAUUCUCAGGAAAAACAUGUUUUCGACCGUCAAAACCUUCCUGUGCUUGUACAAAAGGGAAUCGAUCUCAUCUCUCGUGUGUCAAAAGACAUUUCACGUACACCCGUG